GGGAGAGGGACCCCGGGCCCCGGGCUCCCCGCGGGAGGCCCCGGCCUGUCCCGCCCCCGUCCCGCCCGCGCGUCGCCAUGGCAGCCGGGCCGGGCCGGGCGAUGGCGGCGGCCGCGCUCAGCCUGGGCCGGGCCCCGCCGCGGCCGCUGGUGGUGAUCCUGGGCGCUACCGGCACCGGGAAGUCGGCGCUGGCGCUGCAGCUGGGGCUGCGCCUCGGCGGAGAGAUCGUCAGCGCCGACUCCAUGCAGGUGUACAAGGGCUUGGACAUCAUCACGAACAAGGUUUCUUCCCAGGAGCAGCGUCUGUGCAGGCACCACAUGAUCAGCUUUGUGGACCCCUUGGUCUCUAACUACACGGUGGUGGAUUUCAGGGACAAAGCUGUGGCUCUUAUCGAAGAUAUCUUUUCCCGAGACAAGAUCCCGAUUAUUGUGGGAGGAACCAACUACUACAUCGAGUCCCUGCUCUGGAAGGUCCUUAUCAACACAAAGGAGAAGGCCAGCAAGGCCCCCGGGCUGGUCACUGACAGGAAAGUGGAGCUGGAGCAGCUGGAUGGUGCUGAGCUCCAUCGCCUGCUGAGCCAGGUGGACCCGGAGAUGGCGGCCAAGCUGCACCCCCAUGACAAGCGCAAACUGGCCAGGAGCCUCCAAGUGUUUGAAGAGACAGGGAUCCCCCACAGUGAAAUCUUGCACCAGCAGCAGCAGGAGGAAGGUGGGGGACCCUUAGGGGGGCCCCUGAAGUACCCACAUUCCUGCAUCCUUUGGCUCCACGCAGACCAGGCAGCUCUGGACCGGCGGCUGGAGCAGCGGGUGGAUGCCAUGCUGGCUGCAGGGCUGCUGGAGGAGCUGCGGGACUUCCACCGGCGCUACAACCAGGAGAGGGUGGCCAAGAACGGGCAGGAUUACCAGCAUGGCAUCUUCCAGUCCAUUGGCUUCAAGGAGUUCCACGAGUACCUCGUCAGUGAGGGGAAGUGCUCACCUGAGACCAGUGCUGUGCUGCUGGAAAAAGGGAUCCAGGCCCUGAAGCAGGUGACCAAGAGAUACGCCCGGAAGCAGAACAAGUGGGUCCGAAACCGCUUCCUGAGACGUCCUGGGCCCAAUGUGCCCCCAGUGUAUGGCUUGGAGGUGUCUGAUCCCUUGCGGUGGGAGGAGGAUGUGCUGAAACCUGCUCUGGAAAUUGUGGAGAGCUUCAUCCAGGGACGUGAGCCCCCAGCUGAGCCUGUGAGGAUGGAGCACGACGUGAAGGAGAACAAGCGGAGUCAUCGUGUGUGUGAGCUGUGUGACAGAGUCAUCAUUGGGGACAGGGAGUGGGCAGCUCACACACGAUCCAAAUCCCACCUGCACCAUCUGAAGAAGAGAAGGAAGCUGGAGGCCACCAGCCGUGCUGCAGAGGGGGGCAGUGGGGACACAGAGACGUCGGACAGCAGCUUGCCUUUGCCUUAGGCCUGCAGGCCAGCUGGUGACACUGGGAGCAGCCACUGCCACCUGCACAGUGAGGACCCAGCUGAGUCCUGGGUGGCCUUGAACCCAAGGAGCUGAGUCAUUGUUUUGGGGAUGAGGCAGGUGUGUGAGGGCCAAAGGCUUUCGGCUGUGUCAGAGCCUCUUCAUGUGUGCUCAUGGCACCGUGUUCCCAAGCUUCCCCAGCCCUGCCUGGAAAGGGCUGGGCCCCAGGGCAAGGCUCCUGGGAGCAUCCACCAAGUGUUAAUUCCUGCCAGAGACACAGCAUUAUGCUUGGAAUGGUUGAGCUGAUCCUGGUGGCAUGUGAACGUGUUGUUCUGAGACCCUGUGCUCCUCCAGCUUGGCCAGGAUUGCAGCUCCAGAGCUGGGGGAGCUCUUACUGCCUUUAUCGUGGAGAGGAUAUUUUUCUUCUUUUAUAUGGAAAUAAAAGUUACAAGAUUA